GCCUGCGGUGAUCACGUGCUCGUAUCGGCGCUUACCAGCUGGGUGUAGCAAAAUGGCAAACUAUGGUCGUAUGCAGAAAAAAAAUGUUGAGCCCCACGUGGUAGGAAGACAGUGCAUUGUGGGUAUUCCGCAGGAGGAUUCCCAGAGCCAACAUGUCACUGUACCGAUUCAUUGGUGAGAAGCCGAGAGAGAGGGGCCUGUGGCACAUUGGCAUCAAUCUAACAGACCCCAUGUUCAGGGGGCUCUACAGGGGCACCAGGAAACACCAAGAUGACUUUGCGGAUAUAAUAGAGCGCGCAGUCAGAACUGGAGUGCAGAAGUUUAUGAUAACCGGAGGGAACCUGCACGAGAGUAAAGAAGCCAUACAGCUUGCACAGUCUAACGAUCGCUUUUACAGCACCGUGGGCUGCCACCCAACCCGAUGUGGAGAAUUUGAGCAGGGGGAUCCGGACCAGUAUUUAGCUGAACUGCAGAAUCUACUGAAAGAUAACAAAGGCAAAGUUGUUGCUGUGGGGGAAUGUGGUCUGGACUUUGAUAGACUGGAAUUCUGCUCAAAGGAAACGCAGCUAAAAUACUUUGAGAAGCAGUUUGAUCUGGCAGAGCGGAGCCGACUUCCAAUGUUUCUGCACUGCAGGAAUGCACACAAGGAGUUCCUGGAGAUAAUGCAGAGGAACAGAGACCGGUGUGUUGGGGGUGUGGUUCAUUCAUUUGACGGCACAAAGGAAGAUGCAGAGGCAAUAAUGGCUUUGGACCUGUAUAUUGGAAUUAAUGGCUGCUCAUUGAAAACAGAGUCCAACCUAGAUGUUCUCAAGUCGAUACCAAGCGAGAGACUGAUGAUAGAAACAGACGCCCCCUGGUGUGGGGUGAAGAACACACACGCUGGGUCAAAACUUGUAAAAACAACAUUUCCCACAAAAAAGAAGUGGGAAUCAGGUCAUUGUCUGAAGGACAGAAAUGAGCCGUGUCACAUCAUACAAGUGCUGGAGAUCAUGGCGUCAGCGAGGGAAGAGGAGCCACUGGAGCUCUCCAAGACCCUCUACAACAACACACUGAAAUUAUUUUUCCCAGCUGCAUAAAGACACGGACUUGGAACAAUAAAGUUUAUCUUGUGACUAA